AAGAUUGUGCUGCCACCGCAGAAGACGAGAAGAAUGAGCUCGAAAGCCCCUGCCGCGACCCCCGCGCCCGCGCCGAUGGCCGCUUCGUCCGAGCCCAAGAAGAUGAUUCACGUCGUCGAAGAAGACGAUGAGUUCGAAGAGUUUGAAGAGAAGAACUGGGGCGCCAAGAUGGAAGAGAAGGAGAGCCACAUCAAGCUCCAGUGGCAGGACGACUGGGACGUCGACCAAGCCGACGACGACUUCUGCAACCAGCUGCGCCGCGAGCUCGAAAAGAACGCGUAAGGCGUAACCAGCGUAUUGCUGCCCGCGCUCCUCUAUAAUACGUAUUCGCUCAUGCGUCUGCCUCGCCC